CAUGUUUGAUUUUGCAACUCUGAAUCAGUUUUUCAAAAGCCGGAAUUCGCACUCAACACCCGACUCAACAAUAUUCAGCGAUUUAGUAUUGAUUGAAUAUUUGCACCCGUAGGAAGAAAAUGCUAAGCUAAGCUGCUUGAAAUGUUUAUACUAUUACCAGUACUCUUUACACUGUCAAGGGCGUUGCUCGAAAACAACGAAGAUGGAAUUGAUUACAGAGAUGAACGGAGUGUUCAUCCGGAUUGCCACAAGAACGUUACUGAAUGCAAGCUGGAGGUUAUUGUGAAUUUUGAACAAGCUGGAGCUGAGUACGCAAUUCAAUUUGACUGUUCGAAGGAUCCAGUCAUCGAUCAUCCCUCAAUGAAUGUGUUUAAAAAUGUGCAAAGUUACAAAUUGCUUGGUGGUGAAGUAACAUGUAAUGAGUUUGGACUUAGAUAUUUGAAUUUCCCAAUAAACGUCGAGCAACUGGAACUUGAGGAUUUCUGCUUGGAAGAUGUCAAACCUAAUGUAUUUGCCGAUUUUUCAAACCUUAAGAAGCUUACGCUGAAAGACAGCAUUAUUUAUAAAACAUCUAGUUUGUAUUUUGAAGGAUUGGACCGUCUAAAUCAAUUGGCCAUUAUAAAUAUGAGUUUUCCUCGAACGAACACUGUUGGUUCAAAUCAUCCAUUUGAUUCGAAUACGGAGUUCGAUGUGACGAAAAUGUUCGAACUGGAGAAUAUCACAGUAGUGGAUACGAUAAUCACAAGUUUAACCUCGAUAGUAGACACUUUUCCGCAGAGAUUACAGUUCAUUCAUAUGGAUAAUGUAAGCAGUCAGAAACCCGUUCAAAUCAGACUAGAUGGUAAGAUGAAGAGUCCUUUCAUUACUAGCUUAGUUUUAAGGAAAUCGAAGAUCGUAGAAUUUGAGUUGUGCGAUUAUGCCUUACUUUGCUAUCUAGAUUUAUCGAACAAUGAAUUAACUGAAACAAAACUAUACCUGUAUUUGCUUCCGAAUUUGAAAGUGUUAGAUCUUAGUUUCAAUCUGAUCGAGGAAAUCAACGGCGGCCAUUUCACUGAUUGUCCAAAUAUAAUGAAACUGAUUAUUCGUAAUAACAAAAUUCAAAAUAUUAAGAACGAUGUGUUAGAAAAUUUCAAACAUCUGGAAUAUUUAGAUCUGUCAUUCAACAGACUCCAUCGAUUGCAAUCAUUUUUAAAGCCGAUGUUCGCAUCAAUACAAGUUGACAACAACCCAUGGGAUUGCAUUUGGUUAAGUCAUCUAAUCUAUGAUCAACCAGAGCUGUAUAGUCGUUUGAAGUAUGUUAAGGUUCACAAUAGCCUAGGUGUGCGAGGUUUACCAUGUCAUAUUGGAAUGGAAGAAAUUAGUCUUGCAUCCGUGGUAAAACCUCCGAUGCAUUCAACGAUAGCGAAGCAUCCAGUUGGUCUCAUACAACCACAUCCUACGGUGUCAGUCAAAGAACCAUACAAUGUGCCGUCAAAAUUCAAAAUCAUACUCGUGACAAUCGCUUCCGGUGUUUUCGUGGCACAAAUUCUUCUCCUACUGUAUAAUAGACACAGAAGACACCACUUUCAACCAUUUUAUCGACGGCUUCCAAAAGAUACGGCCAGUUCAAGUAUCCGUGAUACUAUUACCACUAGGACCACCUCAUUCCUAUACGAAAAACCCAUUAGAGAAGAUCAAGAAACUGAACCCAACAAUAUCUACGAAGAGAUCCGGGAAGAAGAGCAAACCUAUGAUCUUUUGCAGUUCCAUAGAACCGAUUUAGAGGAAGAUAUUUUAGAGGUGUGACUAAUUAGAGUAAAAUAUUUUUGAAUCGAACAA